GUCAUGUUCCCCAGGAGUUAGUUUUACGUGUAACAGUGCAGAAUGGCUACUAACUUUACUGUCUCCGUGGACGAGGUGUCCUGCCCUGUGUGCUGUGACGUCUUCACCAACCCGGUGCUGCUGCCGUGCAGCCACAGCGUGUGUAAGGCCUGUCUACAGCAGUGCUGGAGAGACGGCACUCGGAAAUGCCCGCUUUGCAGGACAGUGGCCCCCCCAGGGGCCGACCCCCCGGUAAACCUGGCUCUAAAGAACCUGUGUGAGAGGUUCGCCCUACAGCAGGAGGCUGGCGGGGCCUCAGAGACGCUCUGCAGCCUGCACCAGGAGAAACUGCUGCUCUUCUGUCAGGUGGAUAAGCAGCCCAUAUGCGUCGACUGCGUGUCAAACCUGCACAACAAUCACAAGCUCUGCCAUAUAAAGGUGGCUGUGCGGGACCAUCAGAUGAAGAUCCAGACAGCACUGAAACCCUUGCAGAAAAAGUUGAAGGUCUUUCAUGAAAUCAAAGACACUAUAAGUCAAACCACGCAGCACAUUAAGCACCAGGUCCAGUACACAGAGAAGCAGAUUACAGAGGAGUUCAAGGAGCUUCACCAGUUCUUGCAUCGUGAAGAGGCAGCCAGGAUCGCCGCCCUGAAACAGGAGGAGAUGCAGAAGAGUGCAGCAUUAAACAGGAAGAUGGAGGAAACAUCCAAAAAGAUAGAAGCCCUUUCAACCACAAUCUCCGCCAUUGAAAAGGACAUGGGAAAAGAAGAUGUACUAUUCCUGCAGAACUUCAAUGCAACAAUGAAAAGAGCCCAGUGCACCAUUCAGGAGCCAGAUGCUUCAGGACUACUGAUUGAUGUGGCCAAACACGUGGGAAACUUGAAGUAUACAGUCUGGGAGAAGAUGUUGGGGAUGGUGCAGUACACUCCCGUUAUUCUAGACCCCAACACAGCAUAUCACACACUCAGACUGUCUGCAGAUCUGACCAGUGUGCAGGAUUGUGAACAGGAACAACCGAACAAUAAUGACCUAGAGUCAAUCUAUCCCAUAAAAAAGGUUCUGGGUUCAAAGGGAUUCAGCUCGGGGAAACACCAAUGGGAUGUAGAGAUCAAGGAAAAUACUGUCUUUCACAUGGGUAUUGCUAAUACACCUACUAAAAGAAACAAAUUAGGAGAUGGAGAGUGGUCUCUGGAGCUGUCUGCUUGUUAUUAUUUAGUUUCAAGAGGGGGAAAUUACAACUUUAGAUUGGACCUGGACUGUGACCAGAGGAAGGCAGCAAUCAUUGAUCUCCAUGGCAAUAAAGUUAUUGAUGAAACUAAAUACACUUUUGCGGGGCCAAUCUUUCCAUACUUUGGUUUUAGCUAUGCGAAAGAUCGUCUGAAGAUCAUACCUUCCAAGGUCAAAAUAACAGUUUUAACAGGUGGUCGGUGA